GCCUACCGGCAGCAGGAGUUUGAGAAAGCCCUAUAUGAAUACUCAAACUGUUUACUACUCUUACCUCCUGGUAACAUUGCAAUGAGAAGAGAUGUCCAAGAGGGCCAGGCUCGGUGUUUGUCUCGCCUAGGAAGGCACAAGGAGGCUCUGGAUAUUGCAGAAAGAAUGAGAAACGGCGCUACUAACACAGAUCACUUAACAACAGUUCUCAGCCUGCAGUUUGCCAUUUACCAGGGUCUGGAAAAUGUAGGAAAAAAGAUCACGUGUCUGCAGCAACUGAUCUGCUUACAUCCUUUCAACCCUUGCUACUGGAAGUUACUUGCUGAAGCUUAUAUGAGCCUUAUACAGAGUUUGUCGCCAUUAAUCACUCCAGAAACAAAUCUAAAUCAGUCUGAAGAGGUUAGUGUAAAUGAUAGUAGUUUCAAAACAUCAACUGAAAGCGAGAUUAAUUUGCAGCCUCACAGAUCAGGCAGCCAGAGAGAAGGCCCUGGGUCCACCCUUGCUACAGAAACAAGGAGGAAGAAUGCAGUGACUUGUAGCAGCAGCCGAGCUGUAAAAGAAUUCCUCUGCACUUCAGAAGAACUGGAAAGGAUGGAUGAAGGGAAACGCGCAGCCUCUGAGUCCUGGGAGCAGAACACGUUGAAGAAAGUUGGGGUAAAGGCGUGUGCCUCGUUUAUUAGAGCAAGGCUUUUACUUCAACUUACCCAGUUGCAACAAUCAUCCUUUGCACUAGAGAAUAACAUAAAAGGUCAAAAAGAAAUUGAUGACAAGGUGGCACAACUUGGUUUCCAUGAAAACUCCUUGCUGUUGAUGACCAAGGUUAUGGGGCAGGAUCUUAUACCAGAAAAACUAAAAGAGGAAUUUCAAGGUGAGGUAAAAUGCAUAGGCCCUUCAGCGCUGUCAUCAUUGGUAACUGCAUCAGCCACAGAAUUUGAAAUCAAAUGGUUUGGUAAUCUCCAAGAUGAAUUAUGUCACUUUGACAGACAAUUCUAUUCAGAUAUGUAUCUCCCACCUUCUGCAACUUAA